AUGCUUUCAAUUGCUCAACAAUUACAGCAACAGCAACAAAAAUUCGCUUAUUAUUACCGACUCUACCCUCAGCAAUAUUUCGUUUUGUGUCCUUCACAACCACAUGACGACGGUGUUCCCAAAAAUAAGAGUAACGACAAUGGUCUAUUAAGGAGCCGUCGAAUUCAAGCUAAAAGCGAUGGAAUAACGAAUGCAAUAAUCCAGUAUAGCCGUGAGAUUUAUGAGGGUUGUCAUUCAAGGGAGUCUGUGACAGCAACGCAGCGAACAGAAUGGAAUUUUCUCGAUGAGUGGUGUAAACUGAUCGCAAAAAAGAAUGAAACUAGUAGAAAUGAACGACCAAAAGUCUCAUGGACACUGCCGAACAGCUCUGCAUCAUCCUUUUUGGUGUAUUCUGGUGACUCCACAUCAAUCUCAUCAUCACCAUCGCAAAAGGCAACUACUGACGGUGAUACUAAUAGACAGCACGAAAUGAUCUCAAAGUGCAAAAAUUUUGCAUCGAAACUGGCUGAUAUCAGUGGUUUCGCUGAGAAAGCGUAUUGUUUUGAUAUGGCGGCGUCCGGUGAUAAUAUUCACCGAAAUUACAAGUGCUCAUUGACUAACGCAUACUGUUGUUGCGGUGACAUUUUUGUGAGGAAUAUUUGUGAAGAGGAUACGAAUUGUGUUCAUCGCAUUCGUGUUGCAUCACCGGUUAGUGAAGGACUGAAUCGUUUCGUGCUCGUUGCUUGCAACUAA